GGUCGAUAUAAAGCUAGGGCCAGAACCGAAAGCGGUUUAAAUCCCGGCAGAAUAUAAGACGUCUAUAUCGAAUCCUCCCUCGAUCUCUGUAAACAUGACUGCACUCGGUCAAGCUUUGUCUAAUCCCAAACCCAUCAUGCGAAACUGCACGCAUGGCAGUAGGAAUGAGGUUUCGGUACUGGUCAUCAACACCGGAGGAACAAUCGGAAUGAAGAGUCAUGGUGACGUCCUCGAACCGGAGGAUAAUGUGUUUGUGGAGGGCCUGCGAAAGCUGACCACCUUCCAUGAUGAGCGAUAUGCCGAGGAAACGUGCGUGUAUGACUUCUACGGUAACAGGGACAAAACACUAGUCCUGCCGGCGUACAAGGACAAUAAACGGGUAGUGUACACCUUUCUAGAGUACAGCCCCUUACUUGAUUCCUCCAACAUGACGACCGAGGACUGGGCGAAAAUCGGGAAGGACAUCGAAAAAAACUACGAGGGCUACGAUGGCUUUGUGAUCCUCCACGGCACGGACACCAUGGCCUACACGGCCUCCGCCCUGUCCUUCAUGUGUGACCACCUGGGCAAGCCCGUCAUCCUCACUGGCUCCCAGGUGCCAAUUUAUGAAAUAAGGAGCGAUGGCAGGGACAACCUGCAGGGGGCGCUGCUUUUGGCUGGUCUGUUUCACAUUCCGGAGGUAUGCCUGUACUUCCGCAACAAACUGUACAGGGGAAACCGCGUCACCAAAGUGGACGCUGGAAGUUUCGAUGCCUUCACCUCCCCUAACCUGUCCCCCCUGGCCAACUUGGACGUGGAUAUAACAAUCAACUGGGACACGGUGUGGAGAGCCAACCGCUCCAACAAGUUCGCCGUGAACACAGGGCUGAACCGCAACGUGGGCCUGCUGAGGCUGUUCCCUGGCAUCACCGCGGCAACCGUGAGGUCGUUCCUGCAGCCGCCCAUGGAGGGCGUGGUCCUGGAGACCUACGGCACCGGGAACGCCCCCGACAACCGCCCCGACCUCCUGGCCGAGAUGAAGAAGGCCACCGACCGCGGCGUGAUCAUCAUCAACACCACCCAGUGCCUGAGGGGCACCGUGUCCAAGGUCUACGCCACAGGCGAGGUGCUGUAUAAAGCGGGGCUGCUGCCCGGCGUGGACAUGACCCCAGAGGCGGUCCUCUCCAAGCUCUCUUAUGUGUUGGCCAUUGAAGGUCUGGACCUGCAGACCAAAAAGAAGAUGAUGGCCGAGAACCUGCGAGGGGAGAUGAUGGCAGACCUGGCGGGAGCCAAGCUCAACCUGCGUGAUAGCCGCUUCAUCCAGGUCAUCGCCAAGUCGCUCAGCAUCAGCUGCAGGGAGGAGCUGGUAGCCAUCCGCGACGCCCUGACCCCCCCGCUGGCCUGCGCCGCCGCCAAGAUCGGAGACGUGGAGGCCCUGAAAUCCAUCCAGGAAAUGGGGAGUAACCUGAGUGUGGGCGACUACGACGGACGCACACCGCUGCACAUCGCUGCGAGUGAGGGCCACCUGAAGGUUGUCCAGUACCUCCUGGACCAGGGGUCCACCAUCCACAGCCGGGAUCGCUACGGCGAAACACCCCUGUCUAACGCAGUGCGCUUUAGACGCAAAGACAUUGUGAUGGUCCUGCGGAAGGGCGGAGCCCACCUGUCCCGAGAGCAGCUGGCCGUCUCGGGCACAGAGCUGUGCAGCCUAGCAGCUAACGGAGACCUGGAUGGUCUGCAGAUCUGGAACCUAGCCGGGGCCGAUCUGAACACCCCCGGGUACGACGGACAGACGGCCCUUUCAGUGGCAACGGGGGCUGGCAAGUUGGAGGCCGUCGCGCUUAUUAAUCGCCUCCUGAGUGCCAGGGAUCAGGACAAGUAGGAUGAUGGUAAUGAUGGUGACGGGGGUGAGAGGGGGAUCAAGCCCAGCGCCCCCCCGGAGGGAUGCUAGACCCGGGAGGGCUCCUACGCCAGCCAGGCUCACUCACUGCCCUCCCCUGAGCGCCGCCAUCACCUCCACUCCAAAGAUCCAGCGAGUCCUGCCGCUUCAGCGCUUCCUCGUUUCCUUUGUCACGCGCAUCUCCGUACGCCACCAAACACGACCCCCUGUGGACCUUUAUUUCUGGCUGCACUUUAACCCGAUGUUAUGUGUGUGUGUUGUUUUUUUAUGAUCAUCUAUUGUAUGUUCUUGUAAAUUUUGUUUUACCACGUGUCUGUACAAGGCAAUCAGGGAAUCUGCUGUCAAUGGCUCAAAAAGAUGAGAACUUGAUGAAGAAAUUGACGCGCUUUGUCUGGGAAUCUGUAUCCCACCUGCUGUUUAAGACAUCCGCUGUCCAAAGACCGUCCCAUAUGGGGGGUUAUGAAUUAAUGUCUGUCGUUAGUUUGUGUUAACUUACUAGCAUUGAAUACGAGAUUGAAUCGUUGAAUAUUGUGAAAUGGAAAGACAGCAUAUACAUGCAAACGUCCACUUCGUCUAUCUGGUAUUUGCUGAUUCGAAAACGUGUGUGUGUGUGUGUGUGUGUGUGUGUGUGUGUGUGUGUGUGUGUGUGUGUGUGUGUGUGUGUGUGUGUGUGUGUGUGUGUGUGUGUGUGUGUGUGUGUGUGUGUGUGUGUGUGUGUGUGUGUGUGUGUGUGUGUGUGUGUGUGUGUGUGCUUUAUUAAAUGGCUACACUUGCACUUGAGAUUCUUGAACGUUUGUUUCCGGCCUUCGGUAUGCUUCUGCUGAACUAAUUGCGCGCUGUGCUAGACUUCUGGACUUUAAACUGAAGAGGAGUUGUUAUAAUUGCAGCGCUUCAUUAGCACUUUUGAUCAUUGUUAGUACUCAAAGCCAAUGUUAAAGUAGUUAUUAAAACUGUUGCAACCGGGGCCGGGUUGAGGGGCCGACGGUCGCCCCUUUUCCUGGCUUCCCUGGAGUUUGUUCUCCCUGUCUUCCCUGUAUCCUCCCGUUUCCUUAUCGUCUCUGCUGUCGCGCGUUGGGUCGGACUGUGGGAGUCUUGUCUUGACUCAGGUCCAGUGGCUCUUCUCUGGGUGUUAUGUUUCUUCUGUUUGGUCCCAGUCCCUCUUUCAGACUCCUCCAGUCCCCUUUCGUUCCUUCCUUCGUCCUCGUAUCCUUGGACUCCUCUCCAGGUUUCGUUCUUCAUGGGGUCAUCUGCUCUUUCUUGUGUUUUCCACUCUUGGUUUUCCGUCUUUGUAGUAGAUUUCUUGGCUCCUCUGGUGUUCUUCUCUUUCUGUAUCACAGUUCCCCUUUUGGUGGUGGGGUGUUUCAUCUCCUCUCCUGGAUGGUUCUCCAUAGUAGUCAUCCGCAUAUUUCCCUCCGGUCUCUCUGUGCCUCUCAGCGGGCCGGUCCAUGCUCUCUGGCCUCCUGUCCUAUACCUUCUGCUCGAGAUCAGCGGGGAGCAGGCUUCUUCUUCACUCUGCUUCUUUCUUUCUGAUCCUCCCAAUCCAGGGCCUUUCUUGUCCCCUUUGAGGAUUCUUUCUUGUCAUCACCAUAGCAAGUAUUGAUUAGACAGCGAUUUAUUAGAAACCUAAUAAACCGUUGGAACACGCAAGUAUAUAUACAUAUUCGAUAUAUAUAAUAUUCGAAUAUUAAUAUUAAUAAACAAACAAACUUUGAAUAUGAUUUUUGGACAAAAGUCAAAGCCCUAGUGUCCAUAUCAAUUGCCACAUUGUAGGCAUUGAGCAGGGUGAAGGUGUACCUUUCUCUUUUCUUCCUUCUUUCGAGUUAGUCCUUUUUCUGCUUCUUCCUUGCGUUCACACGUUUGAUCGCAGCCCUUUUGCUCUCUUGUAGGGUGUAGUUCCAGGCGUCUGUGGUUAGGUUGGUGUCGACCUUCACCCCCGCAGCCCAUACUCCCCUCUACUUCCCAUUCUCUUCUAUACUUCUAGCCCAGACUCUUUGUUCUCUAGAGGACAGCGGUUUGCUUUCUUGGGCGUUUUCUGCCAAGUGCAUGGCUAGCUUAGCUCUCAGUGGGCCGGGGUGUCUGGUUUGGGUCUCGCCUUCCCUAGACCCACAGGUCGAGUGUGUCCAUUACGUCCAGAAGCACACGUACUCUGGCAAGUGCCCCUGACUGCAGCCCGCAGAUCGAGGAGGAGCUAAAUGUGGGCGGGUCUAAACGUUUAACCCAUGGUUUUACCCUCUCGGGCGCCAUCUGGUGGCGGAGAUCCGGCAGCACAUUCUCAAUCAUCAAUACAGCACAGCACAGCACAAUGACUUACCGGUAAUAUGGAAAAAGGUUCAUCUAUUUGUCAUUUCAAAUGUCUUUUUUAGUAUAGACACAUAUUAUUUCGUACACUCAAUUAUAUUAGCUAAGUCAAAUAAACCAAAGAGAGAAGACUUUGCAUCAUUGAUUUUUAUUUUCACCCCAGGCAAAGAAUUUUGAUCUGUAAAGAAGAAAAAAGUAGUAUCAAGGUAUUUUUCUGGCCCAUAGCAAGCAACCCUGUUCCCGGUUUCCAGGUCCGUCAAUUUCCCAGCGUCUAGAAAGGAAACAGAUUGCGGUUCUUAUAGGCACAAUAACAAUGCAAGAUGUGAAACAGAUAAUUGAAAUAAGUGGAUGGAUUACGCUUUAGUCUAGCAAUAGUUGACUACAAGACUAAUUAAUCACAUGACCUCUCACCUGUAGCCCUCCUUGCACUCGUCGCCGUUUUCUGUCCUGCAAUCGGUCUUCCUCAGACCUUAGUGAUUUUAUGACAACAUACAGUAACUAUGAAAACAUUCACGUUGGUCUGUUGGCAGUGCGUAAAACUGUUUUUUUUGUCAUUUGAUUCAAAAGUGUGAUAUUCAGGGCUCUUACGGCAUGGGGAAAUUCUGCAGGAGAGCGAGACACCACCUCCUAAUUUGCAGCAUGUUUUCCUUUGAAGAAGGAAAUGCAGGAAGAUGUUAAUAUGUUGUAAAAAGAAAUAACACCUUGGACACUAAGCAUAAUGUGUCACGAUUUACACAUACCUCUCUGAAAUCACAAUUGGCCCCCAUUACAAUGUACAGAGUGUACUGAAACUCAAGAGGUACUGGUUAAUAUAAUGUCAGGCGUGUUCCCAAGGAUAAUUUUUUUUCAAUACAAAUUAAUGUGGUUUUAAUGUAGCAAGCAAACAUUUUUACAGACAACAGCAAUGCUAUAACAUCCUGAUUAGGUCUUACCAUCAAAACAAACACGCCACAGUUGUUGGAGCAACCUUGCUUUGUUAGCCCUGAGGUGUGAACAAUGUAUUUUAAUAAAAGUAUGGCAAGAAAAUAGUAAAAAGUUAGCAAAUGCUAUUAUGUAAUGUCUUACCUGGACAUCAUUCACACCAAGCUCUCUCCAGGGGCCAGAAGAGAGGCUGUGAGCAACGUGUCUGUCAAAUAAUAAGCAAAGUAAAUAAAAGUAACUCAACUUCAAUUAACUUUUGUUUGAAAAGUAUGCAUAAACGCUUGGAACAAAGCCUGAACUGAAUAAGGAAGAGGUUGGAACUUCAAAUAAAAAAGUUUUCAUAACGGGCUUAAAAAGAACUGCCUGUCUCAAAAAAGAUAAAUAGUUCUGUUUCCAUCUGUUUAACGAAUCAAAAUACUGUAGUUGGAAUAUGGAAUGGAAUAUUUUAGAUCAAAUAAAAACAGAACCAUCGAUUAAAACAAACAAAAGGACAAGUGGUUCAAAACAGAACUACCACUGUCCAGAAAGGAUUAUGCGAGGUGCCCUAAAAACGUGAAUAGACUGGUUCUACUCUCAUCUCUCCAACCGCUGCCCCAGAGGGAAUCUAGGAAGAAAAUCUCCCUAGCCUGUGGCCUCAGUAUCUGUUAAAUAUUCAAAUUCAAAUAUAACCAGUUGCAGUGAGUUGUGUAAUGUUCCUGGAAUCCCAACAGAGCUGACAUGCAUUUAAUUAUUAUCGAAAAACAUUAAAAUCAGCAAUGAGGGACUUGUUGUGUAAAGAAAAGAAAGGAAGAAAAUAUAAAAGGUAUUUACACAGUGUCCAAUGUCCAGGUACGGACACUGGGAGAAUAAUCCACUGUAGACUGGCUGCAUUAUCCUGUAAAAAGACAACAAUAGCUGAAUAUUAAAUGCUCAAACUUCACUCAAUAAUGCAAAACUUUUAAACAAAUUACCGGAAGGUGAUCCAUGGCGUUCCUCGAUGAUGGUGGGAACCAAGUGGAAAGGACAUAGCUGUCUGCAGCAAACAGGUUCUCUACUCUCUAUAACAGAGAAAGUUUGCUAAAUCUCUUACUGUCAAAAUAUAUUGACUAUUGAACUAAACUAUCCAAUAAUUUUGAAUUAAAUAUUUCACAGGAGCUACACUACCUUCUCAAUCAUUUUGAGACAAGAGUUCAGGAUCUAGUAGAACACAUAAACACAAAUUAUUGGACGAUUUUGAAAAAUAUUACAUAAACCAUAUCAGCACAGCACAUUCUCUAUGCCUACCGUUCCCUCCAUGUCCCGCUGCAAACCCAGAGUCCAAAAGUCAAAGUGGGUCAGGAUGAUGUUAUUCACCAUUGCAAGGUGCUUAGUGUGACUUUUGGUCUCAUCCAAGACAUGAGACAGCUACUGGAAGAAAAGUCUUUAUACAUGUAUGAUUAUAUGAGUGACAUUCAAAUAUAACCACAGUGGCACAAUGGUUAACUUUACCAGUUGUUCCUGGCUGUCUUUGAGUUUCUGUCCCCAGCAUGCUCUGUGGGCUGAAAACUUGUGGAGACUAGGGAAGUCUCCAUGAGGUCUCUGCUCACUGUCAUCAUUUACUAGUGUAGAAAGCAACCGAAAAAUGAAAUUAAGUGUGAAAUUUCUCAUUUGAAUGAGGUGCAAAAUAGAGCCAUGACUCACACUCUUGAGACUCCUCUUGUUCUUUCCCUGAUGACCCAGUUGACAUCACGGUUGAUUGGGAGUGAGCUAUAGGAAAAACAUGCAACGGACUUCAUUGUCUAAAGUAGAUGAAGACGACAAAUGUGCAUAAAUAUUAAAUCCCAUACCUAAGACUACCAUUCCAUGGCUAUCACACUGCAUUUCAACUUCUGACUCAUACUCUUGAGAGUCUUCUUGUUCGUUCCCAUAUGACCCAAUUGACAUCGCAGCUGAUGGGGAGUGAGCUAUAGGAAAAAUAGCAACAAUCUUUAUUGUCUGAAGUAGAUGAAGACGACAAAUGUGCAUAAUUAUUCAAUCCCAUACCUAAGACAAACCUUCCAUAGCUGGCAAACUGCAAUGAAACAUCUGGAGGAACAAUCUUGCUGUACUGAUUUUUGAUUUUUUGGUUCCUUGCCAUGUUGUAAUGGUGGGGAAUGUUUCUUUGUAGAAAAAUGUGUGUUGAUGGGGUUGUCUGAUUUAAAAAGUAGUUGUUUUUUCUCAUCCCUGAAAACAGCUGCUCCGCACACUGGCUGUUAAUAAGACCAGCAAGUUCAGGCACAAGCUCCAGCUUUCUUAGAACCUCACACUGGUCUUUGCUGUUCCCCUGGUGGAACACAUCGUUCAAAGCAAA